AUGUUGCCUACACAAAGGAAGCACGGUGUUCGGGCGUCAUUUGUCAUUGCUGUGACUUGCGCCUUCUUGUCUUCGAUUCUUAAUAUAAUAAGCUUCGUGUCGCCUUACUGGAUAGUCGCAAAAUAUGGUAACAAUCAGGGCUUUCAAAGGCUCGGCCUAUGGGAAGUGUGCUUCCACAAUUUUAUAUUUCCGGAAGAUUACGUUUCCAAGGCCUACGAAGGCUGUUGGUACAUCUACUAUCCGGAAUAUAAGUACAUUCGUUUUUGGUUAAAUCCACCAUGGCUGUAUGCUUGUCAAAUACUUUCAAUCAUUGGACUCAUAUGCAGCCUGCUUGGACUGCUCUUCGUAAUUCUGACUCUGUGCGAGAUUUAUGGAACACGGGAGAGGAAGCCGAAAAUCACCAUAAUUUGCCUCGAGGCUACAAGUCUAUGCUGUACUAUAGUCAUCAUUACUGCCGUGGGCGUGAUGAGUAAGGAUCGAGAGUGGAUGCCACGCUCAGACUACAAUGAAGUUUCAUGGGGUUUCGCGUUUGCAGUGUUGUCCGGAUUCGCUACGGUCUUUUGCCUCUUUGGUUUACUCACUCACUUUCUGUCCGUGGAAAGUCGUAUCAAAAUGGAGGAUCCCUCCGUCAGACAGAAACUCCUAGAUGUCAACGCCAAGCAUGGCUACCCGAGGUCAGUUUCUGGGUUCGAUGUGGCUGCAGCCACUGAUUCUAAGUUGGGAGGAGGCGUCCCCUCCCUGUUCACCAUGCCACCAACCGGCUCCCAGUUUGGACCAGGCAGCACAAUGAUCGUGCCAGGAACUGCGAGCGCACUUAGCCGGGGAACAGUUGCUCCUGGAGCUGUGGGUACCGCGGCUCAGGGAACGUCUGCUGCAACGGUUUCGGCAAAACUGCGCCAAUCGCUUGAGGCUCAGCAAGCUGCGAUUUUAGCAGCAAAUGCAAGAGCAGCUGAAUCCGGAGGUACCGGUGCAGGAUCAUCGGCGACAUAUCAGCAAAACAUCCGGCGAGACCCUGGUUCAAGUAGUUCACUGAAUCGACAGUAUCCACCGAUUUCACAUCAAGGAUCCUACACUCAUCUUCAUCCUGCAGUUGCAAUGGACUCUACUGUCUAACCACUACUUUUUCGCACGUCACAGUUCCAGUACUUUCAAUAUGUACUAACGAUUUUGUUCUCCUAAUCGAGUCAUACCAAAUCUCUUUGAUAUCCUAAGUAAUCACGGUGCACAGCUUGAAUCCUCUUGUCUCAAAAGUGGAAUCGAUGUUGUGCUCAGUGUUCAGUGGACGAGAAUGUGUACAUAUUUUGCCGUGGGAUGACGCAACAUACGGGAUGUCCAGGCCGUUGACUUCUCUGUGAUGUAGUUGAUUGAAGGGUUUGAGCAGACUGUCCUGCUGUAUUCGCCACCUGUUUCUAGUACGAACGCGACGGGAAUAAAUUGAAUCUGAUCGCUCAACUGAUGUAAACAAAAACUAGAAAUCAUCUAGUGCUCUCAAUCUCACGAAAUUUUGAAGAAAUUAGAUGGUCCUAAUCAUACCUUCUAUGCUUACUCUUUCUCGAAACGCUGAUCUGUUGCGUUAUUUUCGGGCGGUUCCCAACCAUUGAAUGAAAUUCAUGGUUGAAGUGUAAUAUGUGCCUACGGCGUCCCAGUCAAAUGAAGAAACCGCUUAUUG